GAAUUCUUUCCGGGUUGAGGGAGGGACCCGAAGUGUUCUGUUGGAGCUAUUUACUUAUUUCAUGUUUUCUUCGCCCCUCAGUCUUAUCUAGUUUUGUAGAAGCUUAUUUUUGAUCUGUGAGAAGAAGCCACUUAGGCCAAGCGGUUAGCCAGUGUAUUGUUAUAAAGAGACCAAAUGGAGGGAUGUGACUCAGGACUUCCUUCUGAGCCAUCAGAGCCAUCACAGAGAGGCAGUCUGUCCUCAGCUGGUGCGCGUGCUUUAGAGGUUCUAAUCUAUCUUGUGAAUGACACUGCAAUCCAGCUGAUGGUAGAUAACAUGACAUCUAUUACGGCUCAAGAUUUAGGACGAAGUGUCAGAGAAGCCUUGCAGCUUCCUGAAAUUGCAGGAGAUGUGUUUACCUUAUGGAUCGUCUCCCCCCUUCUUGAACUACAGCUUAAACCCAAACACCAGCCUUACAAAUUGUGCCGACAGUGGCAGGAUCUAUUGUAUAGAUUUACUGACUGCUCAGAUGAUGACAUUGCACAUGAUGAACCAUGCUUACAAUUAAGAAGAAAUGUAUUUUUCCCAAAAGCUAAGGAAUUCUUGAUAGAGGAUGAGAGCGUGCUUCGACUGUUAUAUGAAGAGGCCAAAAUGAAUAUCCUUGAUGGGCGAUACCCAUGUGAUAUUGAAGAUUGUGAGAGGUUAGGAGCCCUGUCCUGCAGAAUAGAGCUGGGACAGUUCAGCCAACAGCAGUCUUGCACUGGCUUGCUUAGGGAGAAGCUGGACUCUUACCUUCCAAGUCACCUUUGUCGUCGAGGCCAUGGUAAUUUCUUUUCUGCAAUUCUCGGGAAAGGUGCUCGACAGCAUAAUCUUGAGCAAAGCUUGCUACAGGCCUAUCAGACCAUCACAGAUCCCAGUGACUACACAGAGGAUCAAAGGUUGAAGAAGCACUUACAGGAUUACUUGCACUUAUGCCAUCAGUUGCCUUACUAUGGAUGUGCGUUUUUUACUGGAGAGAUUGAUAAACCAGUUCAAGGUUUCCUGCAAAGAGGGGGUAGAAAGUCUGUUUUCAUUGCCAUUAGCCUGGAAGGUGUUUAUGUCAUUGAUAUCAAAGAAAAGCAUGUUCUUUUGGGCUUGCACUUUAAUGAGCUCUCUUGGGACCACACAUACCCUGAGGAAGAAGAUGACACCCACAUCUUGUGGCUAGAAUUUGAUGGGGAGGAGGCAGGAACAUCUGUUAACAAACUUCUCAAGAUUUACUCCAAACAGGCAGAGCUAAUGAGUGGGCUGAUUGAGUACUGCUUGGAGCUCAGUUCUCUGGAGGUGGCAGGGCUUGAGACAGGUGAUGCCUCAACCUCCAAUAAUUCAUCACAACGGGUGGUAGAGAAGCGGGGGAAACUGAAACGGCAAAACAGCGUUGUAUGUAGUCGGAUCCAGAACCUUGCAACUAUUAACUACGUUGAUGAUGGCAGAGAGAUCAAACGUGUGAAACCAAAGAGAGCAGCUUCCUUCUUCACCAGACAGGCACCUCCCAGCUCCUCGGCAUACACAGCAGUCCAGGUGUCUGAGAGCCUGGAGCAGGGCUGAAGUCGUAAAGCUGCUCCGCUGUCCCACAUCCCCUCCCCUCUGUCUACAACUCUAAAUUCCUGCUUCUGUGAGACCAAAUGGACAUUUGAUGAAAGAUGACAAGAAUUACCAGGGUGGUAAUGUAAGAGUUUGACGAUGUGGACCAAUAUGCUACUUACUGGACAAGUGAGCCACAUUCCAGUAAGAUGCAGUACUGUAACUUUACAUACUGUUAGAUUUGCUGCUUACUUGAUUACAUAUCUUUUUUUUUUUUGUUAAAAAUAUGUUUUGUUUAUUUCCCUUGGAAACAGUUAACUUAAAAUUAUAGUGUGUUUAAAAUGAAUUUUUAUACCAUUAGCUAGAUGUUGACCUACUCUCAAUAUUUAAUCUUUGUUUAAUAUACUUAUGUAUAAGCAUUAACUUGUUAGCCGUGUCAGUUUUUUUUUACAGUGUAAUAAGAUUAGUUAUAUAUUUACCACCUAGAUUGUCAGAAUAGGUUUGCUAUAAUAUAGCUCCCAGAACACAUUCAGAAAUAUAGCAUGUCUCCUUUAAGGGCGAGAAGCUUUACAGCCAUUGAGAAUACUGUGGUAAAUAAGGAAAAUGGAAAGGCAGCAACACUACAGACAUAAGUAAAGUAAUUCAGAGUUUAACAAAAGUGAAUUUGAGUGAACAACAAUCUGAAACAGUCUGCAGUAUACCAAGUUAAAUGAUAGUAGUCCUGUGUGUUAAUAUAUAUUUACUUUUUUAUUUGUGCAAUAAACGUGUGAAUAUUAUGGUUUGUCAAAAGAGUAAGAAGAUUCCUCCAGAUAGUUUUGUGCUGUGGUUUUCCCCCUGCAUAAUAAUGAUGUGUGAUAUAACAGGAGGCUGAAUAUUUAGAUUAUAGUUACACAUUUACAUAUUUGAAACACAAACGUCUUUAAGUGCACUGAUAUGUUUAUGAAUUUAAUGGGCCUUAAAACUGGAUUAGAGUAGUUUUUAUUUUAUUAUCAUUACAUGCCACUUUUGCCUUCACUGGUUUCACCCAUGUCCUUAACAAUAAAACUCUUAGUAUUAAAUCAAUCUGUUAAAUCUGAUUUAAAAAAAAUGUAAAUAGCUUAAAUAUAUCUAUAGAAAUGUUGAACUUUAGAGUGAAAACAAAAAGUUUGUUAUGUGGAUUAACAAAAUCCUGCAUCAGUUUGACAGCCAUUUUCCUCAUCAGGUAAAUUGUUGGAUACAAGUUUUAACAUUUUGUUUUUCCAAAGAGUGAAAUCGAUUGUAGACUCACAUAAACUUCAAAUUAAAUUGGACUUGGGCAUCCAGAAUAAGCAUUUAAUGGUCAAAUUACUAUUUAUCAUUAAAAACACU